CUCCAACCCGCGGUGCGAGUUGCAAGUCACGACGGCAUUCGAAUCGCCAAUUAAGCAUCAUGGUCGCCCUUGAAUUCAUUCUUGCCUUGUUGUGUCUCAGCGUCGCGGCCAAGGACCAUUACUUUGACGGUUCGGCUGCGAGUAACGGUGAUGGUAGCUCGUCAUCGCCAUUCAACACCCUUGCGGGGGUCCGCAACUUGCACCUCAGCCCCGGAGACAACAUCUUGCUCCGGCGCGGAACCAAAUUCACUCAGGCUCUGGAGAUCCGGGUUGGCGGCUCCGCGACAUCCCCGAUUACCAUCCAGCCGUACGGCGACAAUGGCUCAGCACCACCCGUGGUCGCGGCGCAACCAGAGCAGCUAAGCAGUAUCCUGAUCGACAGUGUAUCGCACAUCGUUGUCCAGGAUAUUGAGGUGACCAACCGGGGCGACAAUAAGACCGCCCGCCGCGGAGUGUACGUCUAUGCUAAGGACGCCGGCGAGGUCAGGGGCAUCACCCUGCGCCGGCUUUACAUCCAUAACGUAGAAGGCUAUAUGCCAUCCACAACAACGGGAGGGCUUCCCGUAGGUAAGUAUGCCAAUGCCUCCGGAGGCAUCGUCAUCGAGGCGGCGGGAAACUCCACACCUACGUACUUCACCGACGUGCUCAUCGAAGACAACGUCAUUGAGGCGGUAGGUCGCCAGGGUAUCUACACAUGGACCAACUGGUGCCGCAGAGAAGCGCUGGCGCAGUUUUGGUACUCGCUGUGCUCACAAAACUGGUAUCCCUCGACCGGGUUGCGCAUAAGAGGUAAUCGCCUGUAUAAUAUCAGCGGGGACGGCAUCGUGGUAAAGGGGCACGUUGGCGCCCUGACUGAGGGCAAUCGCGUGACGACGUUUAACAAUGGAUCCGGGGGUAACAACGCCGGUAUCUGGGCCGCAAACAGUGACGGCAGCGUGUUUCGCCACAAUGUCGUAUCGGGGGGCAAAACGACCAAGGACGGCAUGUCCUACGAUGUCGAUCACUCGACGUCGGGCACCAUCUUUGAAUACAACGUCUCUCACGAUAACGAGGGCGGCUUCUUCCUGCUUUGCCCAUACGACAAGCCCACGCGCAACUUCACUAUCCGAUACAAUUUGUCGGUCAACGAUCGGGCACGCGUCUUUCAGAUCUGCUCAGGAAACCUGGUAGGAGGGAAGAUCUACAAGAACACAGUCGCCACUGGCGAAGGGCUGUCUCCGCAGCUCGUCACAGCGCCCAAGGGCCUAAGCCUGGAUGUGCUCUUCGCGGACAAUAUUAUUCGCAAGUCUGGCGCCGGCCGGGUCGGCUGGACCCUCGACAGCCCACAGUUCAACGUUACCAGAAACGCGUUUUACGGCGCCAUCGACACGUAUCCCGACGCGGUCGACUCUGUCACGGCGGCACCGGGCCUCGCAGCGCCGGGACUACGGGAUCCGAAAGCGUACCGGCUGCUGGCUGGCUCGCCAUCGCUGGGGUCGGCGAGUGAGGUAUCUAGCGAUGCGCAGACAGAUUUCUUCGGCAACCCGACGGCCGCGCACAAGAAUCUUGGCUUCUAUAGCGGCGAAGGAACAAAUGUGCCGCAGUGGAUCAGCGCGUUCGACGACGGCAGCCUCUCGGGAUGGAGCACAACGGGUUCUGUCUCCGUCGUCGCUGACCCGGCGGGCGACCUCGGCAUGUCGGCUCAGGUAGCGGCCGGCGGCAAGCUGGCUCGUGACGUGACUUCUGCACCCGGCCUGCGCCUGGAUGCGCGAGUACGUGUCUCGCAGGCGGAGAGCGGCGCGUCAGUGUCUCUGGGGACGCACUCCGUGAGCUUGGGGGACAUUGCACCCGCAGACGUUGGGGUUUGGCUGGUCUUGGAGCUGACGGUGACGACCGAGGGGGCGAGUGCGGUGCUAGACGGUCAGCCUGUAGCGGUUUCGACAAAGGCAGAGGGAUCGGGCGUUGCGGUUGUAGCAGGGCAGACGGCGAUCUUUGUGGACGACGUGUUUGUCGCGAAGCUGUGA